CUUACGACUCGUCCAAUGAAACAAGAUGGCGGACAAACACUUUUUCAUAGGCCGGUUGAAGACAGUUGUCUUUUUGCUGUUGUGAUUUCCUCAUAGAACGGACGAACCAUGGAAAGUGCAACACAGCUUGUUCGGAGAAUGGAGCUAGACAGACGGACUGUGGUGGUGCUAACAGGCGCUGCCUGCGCUGCGCUGCUAGUGUUCCGCAGGGUGUCAGUGUACCGGGAUGCAAAGAAAAAGAUUCAGAGAGCCAAAGUCAGGAGGGCUGAGAAUUUGCAACAGGCGCAGAAAGCGGUGCAGCAGUACAAGGAAGCGCAUCCAGGUUGCAGCGGUGAUGCCAUCCUGGCACUGUCUCUCACUGAGUUGACCACGCAGCUGCAGCAAGGCUCACUGAACCCUGAGGAUGUGUUAUAUGCUUACAUGGAAAAGACUCUGGAUGUAAACAGCAAGUUGAACUGCUGCACAGUGAUUUUGCUGGAUAGUUUUGACCAGCUAAAAAGUACCAACAAGGAGGGUCUGUUGUACGGAGUUCCAGUUAGUAUCAAGGAUAACUACGGCUACAAGAAUUAUGACUCCAGUUGUGGAUUAUUCAUUAACCUGGAGAAGCCUGUCCAAGAAGACUGUGUCAUCGUUCAAGUUCUGAAAAAACAAGGAGCCAUUCCCUUUGUGAAAACCAACAUUCCUCAGGGCCUGCUAAGUUACGACUGCAGUAACCCGAUCUAUGGCCAGACUCUGAACCCUCAUAACCUCCAAAAGACUUCUGGAGGUUCAUCUGGUGGAGAGGGCGCUCUCAUAGGUGGAGGUGGCUCUUUGCUGGGUAUGGGGAGUGACAUUGGCGGCAGCAACCGCCCUCCUGCCAGCUUUUGUGGUAUCUACGGUUUUAAGCCGACACCAAGAAGAUUAAGUGAGAAAGGUGUUAGGUCCUCAACUAAAGGGCAAAAGUCAGUGCUUGUAUCUCUGGGACCAAUGGCAAGAGACUUGGACAGUCUGGUGGUGUGUAUGCGGGCUCUGUUGUGCGACUACAUGUUUUCCCUGGACCCCACUGUUCCACCACUGCCAUUCAAUGAGCAGAUGUACAAGAGCUCCAAACCCUUGCGGAUUGGUUACUUGGAAAAUGAUGGCUACAUGCAGCCAAGUCCGAGCAUGGCGCGAGCUGUCAGAGAAGUCAAAGUACUGUUGGAGCAAGCCGGUCACACUUUGGUGCCUUACACUCCGUUAAAGAUGAGUUACGCUUUCACUGAGCUGGUGGGCAAAGGAUUGCUGGGAGAUGGAGCCACCACCCUGCUACAAAACAUGGAAGGCGGCCCUUUAGACGCUAUUCUAAAACAUCAGCUGAUAUUCCGCCAUGUCCCCAAGCGUUUAAGGAAAAUCACCUCAUUCCUUCGCACUCCACUAUCUCCUCGCCUUAAUGCCAUUGGUGAAUCUACUGCUGGAUGUGGAUCAAUUUCAAAUCUGUGGAAGCAUCACGGUGCAGUUCAGGACUACAUAGAUGAAACGAUAGCAGAAUGGAAAAGAUGCAACAUUGACGUGCUGCUGUGCCCAGUGAUUGGACCUGGCUUCAACCUGUUGUACUGUGGAAAGAUAACACCUGUUCUCUCAUACACAUCCAUUUACAACCUCCUGACUUUUCCUGCUGGGGUUGUUCCUGUUUCAUCUGUGACAAGAGAAGAUGAGGAGGAGCUGAAGAACUACAAGGGCUUUGACCAGGACCAGGCAGACAUUUAUUUCAAACAGGCCGUGUCUGGUGCAGAGGGACUCCCUGUCUCUGUGCAGUGUGUGUCUCUGCCGUGGCAGGAUGAGCUGUGUCUGCGCUUCAUGAAGGAGGUGGACAACCUGGUCCAACACAGCAGGAAGUAAAGGUCCUGCAGGUGACAGACGGAGACAUGGGUGAAGGCGACUCCAGAGCAGCAAAUGAGGAGCAGGGGUCAAAUAGGAAGAAAUGAAAUGAAGUUGCCUUUGAAUAUGAAUAACAAAUAAUAAUGAUACAUAAAAUAAUAAUGUACCUCAACAUUCUCAGAAUUCUUUAUCUUAACAGCUUGAUUUGGUUUUAGGAUUAAAAAAACUUGAAGAGUCUCCUCUCAAGUGCACAUAGCUUGUUUUCGUUUUGUUAUAGUGAAAUUAAAAUAUGAAUUAAAAUAUGCUUACUUCAAAACUGUCUGUAUGUGAGAUAACGUGAGAUUUCGUUUCUGCAUCAGGGAGUGGGACUCUUUCACCGUAGUGGUUUUUGUCAAUAUGUGCAAAGUAUCAGAUGAAACACCAAAUUUGGAAUUUGUUUUUUUUCUUCUUUCUUUUCCUAAUAAGCUGCAAAUUAAACUUAUAAUUGUAAAAAUCAUUUCUAACAAAUUUAUAGCAGCUGCUUAAGUUUACUUUACACCACACACUGGAAAUAAUGAACUGAACCAAACAACAACGGAAUUUGCAUUGUCAUUGUAUAGCUAACACCCAGCAAUCAGUUUGUUCAAUAAAAACUAACACUGAGAGACACUGGCUGUAAACCAUACAUCAGGUCUCACUAGUCUUUCCUUUUGACUUUGCUGCUGUUUUUCUGUCAGAAAAAUACAUUUUUGAAUGUAUGUCUUCAGUACUACUUUAAGGUUUAAAAAAUUAAUAAACAAGGUUUCUCAUCAGUA